AUGCAUGAUCCGUGUGAGGAGCAUAUGUCUUCUCUUAAGCGCAUUGUGCGCUAUAUUAAGGGGACACUUGAUCAUGGUUUGCACUUGUAUCCGUCCUCGAUGUCCACUCUCAUUUCUUACACAGAUGUUGACUGGGGUUAUUGUCCAAACACUCAUCGAUCUACCUCAGGAUAUUGUGUGUUUCUUGGUGAUAACUUGGUUUCUUGGUCUGCUAAACUCCAACCUACAUUGUCUCGUUCUAGUGCCAAAGUCGAGUAUCGUGGGGUGGCCAAUGUGAAAGCAACAUUGGUCUAUUGUGACAAUGUGAGUGCCAUAUAUCACUCUGAUAAUCCCGUCAACCAUCAGCGCACUAAACAUAUUGAGCUUGACAUUCAUUUUGUUCGCGAAAAGGUUGCUCGUGGUCAGCUCUGA